AAAAACGUUUUGCAUUACUUUGAAUAGUCAUAAUGUGAGAAGACACCUCGCUUGGAAUUAUUUCAUCCGCAUUUCUGUGCUGCAUUUGAGGUGUCUUUCAUUGGCGAUGCUGCGUCUGCGGACGGUUACAUUUUUGGCUGGCUGGCCGGCUGUGUAGCAGUCUAUUCAUGCAAUGCAUCGCUCAAAACAUCUCACAAUUGUUUUUCCUACACGUGGAGGAUCAAAGCUGCACAGAGAAUGCUUAAACAUGGGAUAGGCCUAUGCGUUUUAUGUGGUCAGUAUUUAUCUGCUAUGAUUUUGAAGAUCCGCGGUCAGAGACAGCGGCUCAGUAGGCUGUCCUCCUCAAUCGCAUCAUAGACCACUAUUGCUGGAUGCAAAAAAAGACAGACUUGAGAUAGCCUUCUGACUCUUUAAAUAUUUAAGAAUACGGACUCUUCAAAACUGAAGACAUGCUAGUCUCUUUGUCUAACAUCUUCUACGCGUGAUCUUCUAACGACAUUUUAAACAAAGAAGUCACGGAUGAGAGCCCAUGACCAGGCUCCAAAAUUACACCGAACGGGGACGCACCUAAAAAAAAGCUCCAAUGCGAAAUGGUAGGUGGUUAAAGCUUAUUAGUGAAAUGUUGUAAUUAGCCUAUGUUAUGUUAAAAUAUGAGCAAUCGAAAUCUGAAAUAGAGCCUAUGUUUCAGCUUUCUCUGUAAAACGUCCUGCAGAUAGUAGCCUAUCAAUGCGCACAGUGAGUUCAAUUUGAUCAUAGCAAUUAUCUACUGUUGAUUUGUAGCACCAGCUUCUCCAGGUGGAAUGUCGCCUACGGAAUAUAUAUACAAAAAAUGCCUUCAUCAACACAAAUCUACAUUGAACCUUAUUGAGCAUUGCAACGAGGAGGACUCCUGAAUUUGUCCUGAAUCGUUCCAAAAAUACUGCUAUUUGGAUCCCGGACAUCGACAACUUUAAUGGCUUUUGUGUUCAGAAGAUGGAGAGUGUUAUUGGUGCUGAACGUGAUUGCGGUUGCGGGGUUCAUGACACUUUGGACCAAGUGCACCCACACCCGAGUAGCAAAAACCAUCGGUCAGGACGAUGUGAAAAGACAAUCACGCUCUAACGGCACGGCUCAAGGUUUGAGCAUCAGUCAUGAAGUAUUGCUAAAGAGACUCGGGUCGUUGGAGGACGUGGUCUACAGACAGCUUAAUGGUAGGCUAUGACUCUCUACAACUCUAGCCUAACCACUUAAAAACAAUGACUAUGGCUCAUUGGUUACUUUGUAUUUGCUGUCACUCAAAGCCUACCAUGAUUGCUGUUAUUUACAUAGGCUGCGGCUUAGGAUCCAUCCCAAAUGGCACUCUAUAAUUAGUGUACUACUACUUUUGACCAGGGCCCACAGGGUAGUGCACUAUAUAGGGAAUUGGGUGCCAUUUGGGACAUAGGUUUAGUAUACAGCUACCUCCUUUGUUAAAAGUCUAUGAUUCUCAAAACAACUAGGCAAAUGUGUUAUAGCAUAGUGACCUUUUCUUGACUGUGUGAACUCCAGGUCUGUCCAAGUCCCUGGGGCUGAUCGAGGGUUUCGGGGGGCGAGGUAAAGGGGGUCUCCCCGCCACCCUAGCCCCAAAAGAAGAGGCUGACGCCAAAGUACUGAGGGAGAAGUAUGGAUACAACGCUUACCUCAGCCAAAAGAUAUCACUGGACCGGUCCAUACCAGACUACCGGCCCAGCAAGUACGUUUUAGGCACUCUUUUUGGCCCAUAAUGGCACUAUAUUCCAUAUAUAGUCCAGCAUUACUUUUGACCAGGGCCACUCUUACUAUAGCUCAGCUGACAACCGUGUUUCAGUACAAUAGACUCGCUACAAUUUGGGUUUGUAAGCUGCAAGUUGCAAGCAUUAGUCUGUGUGUGUGUGUGUGCACUAUAUUUUAUUUGAUACCCAUCUCUGGAUCUCAGCUCAUGAUCUAAUCAGAAGUGAUAAACAUGGAAGUGACUACUUUGUUGUGUUAGUUGUUUCGCUGCUACUGGGUUGUUGCCAUGAUUUAAGCUAUGACAGCAGAUGUUAUUGUUUUGGCACCACUUAGCUUUGUGGUUAAAAAUACAAUAUUCUUAAAACCAUCUAGUAAGAUCUCUGUAGCUUAAUCCCUCUUCCUUUGUUGUGCUUUUUUGUGGUCUUCUUUGUGAUGAAGUUGCAGUCUAAUGCGGCAAUUGACACUCGCGCACACACACACAUUAUGCUUGUGCGUGUACACAACCCAUCAGCACACAGAAAAUAAUGCAUAUUUGAACACUAGCAGUACAGCUCUUUUAGAAAUGUCUCUUUAGAAAAGUCUCUAUCCUUUCCCCAAUGCUGUGGUGUUUAGCAGGCAGACCCCAUUUGAAAGCCCCUGAUGAGAACUCCCUCGCCCCAGCUCUGCUCUAUCACCAGCUGCGAAACACACCCGCCUGCAGCCGCAGGGAACGGGAACACACACACACACACACACACACACACACACACACACACACACACACCUGAGGGGAUCAGGGAUCCACACACUCAUUUGUAAUUUAGUUUCUCUGUUUCGAGAUCAAAGAGGACCAUGAUGCAUGUUGGGUGUGAUAUCUCUUUGUAUGAUAACACCGUAGAAUGGGAGCCUUCUCUUUGCUUGGUAACAGAACAGUAUCGUCUAGUUAUCUCCCAGAAUGGGAGCCUUCUCUCUAUUGGGUAUCUCUCUCUAUGCCCUGCAGCAGAAAGAGCUAGGAGUUAGAGCCCUGAAAUUGACUAACAUCAUCCAAUCCUUUCCUUACUUACUGGGAUGUACUGUAUCACAAUUCUUCAGAUGUAUCUCAGCAGUUGAAAGUGACUGCUGACUUGCUCUCACCUGUCCAAUUCUUUAAGACCAGCGCAGAUGAGGGAAAGGCGAUAAGGGGAAGGAUAGAUACCUACACAUUUUCGGAGAGUAAAAACUUGAACUAUUAGGACAUAGCCAGCCACAGAUUCCUCACUUCCUCUCAAUAGGGCUGGCUCUCGUUAUAACAAAAGCUACAGUAAAAAUAGGCUUCCUGUCGCUAUCUCCCACAGUGCUCUUACUGUGAGGCUAGGGAGAGGGGGUGUGUUGAGACCUGUUGUGAAAAACAUGAUUGUGGGGAACAGGUAGAGGCACAUGGUUCUCAUUUUAAAUUGCAAACCAAAAUGUGUCAGCUCAUCAUCAACAUGUACAGAAGAGACUUGGAGAAGAAGCAGCUUGCGUGGUGGUGAUAAACUUGGAAACCUACAUUAGAAUGUUGGGUAGUACUUUACAUGAGCCCUCUGCCAUAAGGACGGGCUACAUUAUAUUAUAUACAUAUUAUUAUAUAGGGCUACUUAAAACAUUAGCUUUACAUAGGAGUGUUAAAGUACCAUGUUACUGAAUAUUGAAUGAUGGACUCACCGUUUGCCUUUAUCUAUAAUAUAUAAGGAUUUAUUAGUGUUUGAUGUCAUUAGUGAUGAUGGCUAGUAAUGUGUGCGUGGAUGUCUCUCUCUCUGUGUGGGCGUGUGUGUCUGCAUAUGUCUUUGUGUGUUUGGUCUCCAGGUGUAAAAAGGCCAGCUUCCCCAGGGAUCUUCCAAACAUCUCCCUUAUCUUCAUCUUUGUCAAUGAGGCGUUGUCAGUAAUCCUCCGCUCGGUCCACUCAGCUGUCAAUCACACACCGGCUCACCUUCUCAAAGAGAUCAUCUUGGUGGACGACUACAGCGAUGACGGUGAGGAGAAAUACACAUGCGCGCACACACACACACACUGCCACGCGCAGACACAUACGCACGCACGUGUGCGCACACACACACACAUACCUGAAAGUGCAUGUUGGUGAAGAAAUGGUAUGAGUACACAUACACACACAUCUAAUAUACAUUGAUACAUAUUCAUAUAAUUUACAUUUUGUUUAUGCAUUUAAUUUAAUUAUAUUCUAUUCUUUAUAAAGACAUCCUUGUCCAACAUGCUGUUUUGCUGCACAGACAGGACAGUCAGAUCAAGGCAAGAGAGGAGAGGGAGAGUUGUGAAGAGAGUAAGCAGUGAGCAGAGAGAGAGGUGUUUAGAGAGAGGAAGAGAGACAAUUAAAGGCGCAGAAAGGUGGAUAUAGAAAGGGAGAGAUUAUUUUUUUUUUUUUUCACCUUUAUUUAACCAGGUAAGCCAGUUGAGAACAAGUUCUCAUUUACAACUGCGACCUGGCCAAGAUAAAGCAAAGCAGUGUGAUAAAAACAACAACACAGAGUUACAUAUGCGGUAAAACAAAACAUAAAGUCAAAAAUACAACAUAAAAUAUAUAUACAGUGUGUGCAAAUGUAGCAAGUUAUGGAGGUAAGGCAAUAAAUAGGCUAUAGUGCAAAAUAAUUACAAUUAGUAUUAACACUGGAAUGAUAGAUGUGCAAGAGAUGAUGUGCAAAUAGAGAUACUGGGGUGCAAAUGAGCAAAAUAAAUAACAAUAUAGGGAUGAGGUAGUUGGGUGGGCUAAUUUCAGAUGGGCUGUGUACAGGUGCAGUGAUCGGUAAGGUGCUCUGACAACUGAGGGUGGAGGGAGAGAGUGAAAGGGUGGAAGAGAGUUUAGUAGAAAGUGAGGGGCAGAGAGGGAAAGAGAAAAAGGAGAGAGAGACGGUAAAAUUUCCUCCACGUUUCUGGCACGGCAGGACGGCAGAGGGCAGCAAUCCAUCAUGGAGGGGAAAGUAAGAUAUUGCAGUGGUUGAGAUGGAGAUGCAUGCAAACAAAUAACACACACGCUCUUACUGUCUGCAUAACUCUUCUCCUCUCAGCCACACAUGCACUGCACAUCCGCCAGCACAUCGAGAAGGGUGCAAUUGUGGCCUGCAGUUCGGGGCGUUCCUGCAUGUUGGCAUUCCUGCAUCUGCAUGAACCCCUUUUUAUACUUCUAUAUUUAAAUGUUUAAGCUAGGACAGGCGGGAGGCAGGGGCGCUCCAGUACAGUAGGUGGCAUUAAUGCACAAUAAUGUUGGAUGCCAGCCACCGAUAAACCCCACAGAAGAAGGGGCAGGGGCGACAACGGUAGCUAGCUAGCCGUACACCAGUAGACAGUGUCCUUUACCCCUGCCUGCUGGGCACUGUUUUCCCGCAGUUCAGUUAACGAUGGCAAGGGCAAAUGUUCGGCAGGCAGGAGCGAAGGACACUGUGUGCUAGCUUAGCCAGCUAGUCCAGUACACAGCAGGCGGGAAUGCGGGGGCAACACCAUGUGCUAGCUAACUAGCAAGAUAGCAUGCAGUGUCACUAACUAGCAAGCUAGCUGGUUAGCUACCACACAUUGUCCCCCCAUCCUCCCACCUGCUGUGCUAGCCGUAUGCGGGGUCGACUCCGAUAGACAGUGUCCUUCGCCGCCGCCUGUCAGGCACAGUUUUCUCGGGCACACAACAGGCGGGAGCGACACCGUGUGCUAGCUAACUGGCAAGCUAGCACACGGUGUCGCUAACAAGCUAGCUAGUUAGCUAGAACAUGGUGUCGCCCCAGCCUCCCGCCUGCUGGGGAGGCGGGGGCGAUCGGUAGACAGUGUCCCACCUGUCGGGCACUGUUUUCCCGCAGUUCUGUUAAUGACAGUGAGGGCAUGUGUUCGGCAGGCGGGAGCGAAGGACACUGUCUAAACUCAGAUAAUACUUUUAUUUCCCUUUUGACCCACAUUUAAAAGUAUCACAACCAUGAAAAUUUCAUGCAGGAACCAAUGGGCUGCAGUCGCAUACUAUUGAGCAGAUCUGCCAGUGUGUGUUUGUGUGAGGGGAGUGGGGGUUCGAAGAGUGUGUCCAGGGGGAAAAGCUGAUCAGUUGAGCGAGAGAUCAAAGGUAGAGCAGAAGCCAUAGCUCAGGAAGCACCCAACUCCUCCUGGUGUUGUUGUGAGAUUUGUUAGAAAGCACUAGAAUGCUGGGGCCCAUGAAAACAGAUUAAUCUCUUCUCUUUCUCUCUCUGUGUGUGUGUGUGUGUGUGUGUGUGUGUGCGUGCGUACAUGCAUGCUGGCGUGUGUGUGUGUGUGUGCUCACAUGCGCUUGAGUGUUUUUCUGAAAGUGUUUGUGGGUGUCCUUCUGUGUGUGUCUGCUUGCUUAUGUUUGUCUGUGUGUGUUGCUUAGUUAUAUUUGGUUGUGUGUCCCAGAGCAACUGAAAGGGCCGUUGGAGGAUUAUGUAAACAAGCGUUACCCAGGCAUGGUGAAAAUCGUAAGGAACCAGAAGCGAGAGGGACUGAUCCGUGCCCGCAUCGAGGGCUGGAAGGCAGCCAGUGGCGAGGUGACAGGCUUCUUCGAUGCCCACGUGGAGUUCACACCCUCCUGGUGAGUAUAUGUGUGGGUUUCAAGUUGAACUUUGAGUUGUUGGGAUCGAUGUUUUAACAAACUUUGACUUAAAGGGGGGGAUCAGAAGGAAUACUUGAAUUCAGCAGUUGGUCAAGCAGAAAUGUGAGAUUUUCCAGCUGAAGGAAUUGCAUACUACUACUAGCCAUCUAGCCAUCUAGAAUAUUUGCAUGAUCAUAUUUGUAAUGAUAGUCUAAAGAAGUGAAUUGCCAUAAGCUUUUAUCAACUGACAGUAUUAAAAGUAGGCCUAGUAUUCAAGUACAGUCACGGUGUUGGUAUGUUCCUUAUGUACAGUGGGGAGAAUAAGUAUUUGAUACACUGCUGAUUUUGCAGGUUUUCCUACUUACAAAGCAUGUAGAGGUCUGUAAUUUUUAUCAUAGGUACACUUCAACUGUGAGAGACGGAAUCUAAAACAAAAAUCCAGAAAAUCACAUUGUAUGAUUUUUAAGUAAUUAAUUAGCAUUUUAUUGCAUGACAUAAGUAUUUGAUCACCUACCAACCAGUAAGAAUUCCGGCUCUCACAGACCUGUUAGUUUUUCUUUAAGAAGCCCUCCUGUUCUCCACUCAUUACCUGUAUUAACUGCACCUGUUUGAACUCGUUACCUGUAUAAAAGACACCUGUCCACACACUCAAUCAAACAGACUCCAACCUCUCCACAAUGGCCAAGACCAGAGAGCUGUGUAAGGACAUCAGGGAUAAAAUUGUAGACCUGCACAACGCUGGGAUGGGCUACAGGACAAUAGGCAAGCAGCUUGGUGAGAAGGCAACAACUGUUGGCGCAAUUAUUAGAAAAUAGAAGAAGUUCAAGAUGACGGUCAAUCACCCUCGGUCUGGGGCUCCAUGCAAGAUCUCACCUCGUGGGGCAUCAAAGAUCAUGAGGAAGGUGAGGGAUCAGCCCAGAACUACACGGCAGGACCUGGUCAAUGACCUGAAGAGAGCUGGGACCACAGUCUCAAAGAAAACCAUUAGUAACACACUACGCCGUCAUGGAUUAAAAUCCUGCAGCGCACGCAAGGUCCCCCUGCUCAAGCCAGUGCAUGUCCAGGCCCGUCUGAAGUUUGCCAAUGACCAUCUGGAUGAUCCAGAGGAGGAAUGGGAGAAGGUCAUGUGGUCUGAUGAGACAAAAAUAUAGCUUUUUGGUCUAAACUCCACUCGCCGUGUUUGGAGGAAGAAGAAGGAUGAGUACAACCCCAAGAACACCAUCCCAACCGUGAAGCAUGGAGGUGGAAACAUAAUUAUUUGGGGAUGCUUUUCUGCAAAGGGGACAGGACGACUGCACUGUAUUGAGGGGAGGAUGGAUGGGGCCAUGUAUCGCGAGAUCUUGGCCAACAACCUCCUUCCCUCAGUAAGAGCAUUGAAGAUGGGUCGUGGCUGGGUCUUCCAGCAUGACAACGACCCGAAACACACAGCCAGGGCAACUAAGGAGUGCUUCCGUAAGAAGCAUCUCAAGGUCCUGGAGUGGCCUAGCCAGUCUCCAGACCUGAACCCAAUAAAAAAUCUUUGGAGGGAGCUGAAAGUCCUUAUUGCCCAGCGACAGCCCCGAAACCUGAAGGAUCUGGAGAAGGUCUGUAUGGAGGAGUGGGCCAAAAUCCCUGCUGCAGUGUGUGCAAACCUGGUCAAGACAGGAAACGUAUGAUCUCUGUAAUUGCAAACAAAGGUUUCUGUACCAAAUAUUAAGUUCUGCUUUUCUGAUGUAUCAAAUACUUAUGUCAUGCAAUAAAAUGCAAAUUAAUUACUUAAAAAUCAUACAAUGUGAUUUUCUGGAUUUUUGUUUUAGAUUCCGUCUCUCACAGUUGAAGUGUACCUAUGAUAAAUAUUACAGACCUCUACAUGCUUUGUAAGUAGGAAAACCUGCAAAAUCGGCAGUGUAUCAAAUACUUGUUCUCCCCACUGUAUACACUAGAGUUGACCAUUGCCCACAAAUACACAUAAGAACUACCCACUACACAAGGAGCUGCUUCUCCCUAUGGAGUUACAACCCUUUGAGUUAACUCAAAAAAAAUAAGUAAUCAACUCAGAAGAACUAGGGGGAGAGAGAAGGACACAGUAGAUCUUCAGAAACCUCCGGCCCCAUCUGUCUGUCUCUCUAUGUCAGGGCUGAGCCGGUUCUGACCAGAAUCAAAGAGGACCACAAGAGGAUCAUCUUGCCCUCCAUCGAUAACAUCAAGCACGAGUCGUUUGAGCUGGAGCGCUAUGAGAACUCUGGCCAUGGCUACAACUGGGAGCUGUGGUGCAUGUACAUCAACCCCCCCAAACAGUGGUGGGACGACGGGGACACCUCCGCACCCAUUAGGUAGGCUACACACCGGCACGCAUAUACACACACGCACGGGCACGUGUACACACACAAGGGCACGCACACACGGGCACACACACAACUAAAUAAACACUUGAAUUUAGAGAACCCAAUUGCCAAAAUAAGGAAAACAGAAUCCCCCUCUUCCCCCCUCAGAACUCCUGCAAUGAUUGGUUGCUCCUUUGUGGUGAACCGGGACUACUUUGGGCACCUGGGGCUGCUGGACUCUGGCAUGGACGUCUACGGAGGAGAGAAUAUCGAACUGGGGAUCAAGGUUUGUGUGUCACCCAUUUUUCUGUGAAGGCUGAGCAUAAUUGGGCCCUGGUCAAAAGUAGUGCACUAUAAAGGGAAUAGGGUGCCAUUUGGGAUGCAGUCAUUGUAUGUUAGGGUGGCGAGAGGCAGGGUGACUAGUGUGUGAAUAGUGCAUUCUGUAUCCUGUAUUUGUUGUGUCUUGUCCUAUUUCAGCAAGUAUGUAAUUGUGGUUCUAUGAGUAGAGCUAAGCAUUGGGUUAUGUUUGUUCGUGUGCUUGUAAAUUUUCCUUCUUAAUUAUUCGUGUUAGUCCUGCAGAACAUUUGUUGUAUGUGAAGGUAUGUGUUCAGUUCUCAUACUAUUUCUCCACCAACAUGCACUACCAGGUGUGGCUGUGUGGGGGCAGUAUGGAGGUGCUGCCCUGCUCCAGAGUGGCUCACAUCGCCAGGAUGAAGAAGCCCUACCACAGCAACAUAGCCUCCAGCACGCGGCGUAAUGCCCUGCGCGUGGCCGAGGUCUGGAUGGACCACUUUAAGUCCCAUGUCUACCUGGCCUGGAACAUCCCAAUGGAGGUUAGUUGCUCCUACAUACUGAUUAAAAGUCAUUUUUUGUGGGGCAUAUGAAAAUGUAUGUUCAGAUUGAACUCCAGGUCAGGGAGUCGGAUGAAGUUGAACCCUAUACAAUGAUCUAUGAUCAGUUUUGCGUACAUAUGUUCAGAUAAAACGCCUAUUCCCCUACCUAGAUUUUCACUAGUCAAUUAAUCUAUUCAUUAUCCUAACUACAUUGUACAGUAUGUACACCAUACAUUUCAUUGCUAAUGUUACAUAUUUGUAAUUGUGUGUGCAUCUCAAAUGGCACCCCAUUCCCUAUAUAGUGCACUACUUUUGACCAGAGCCCUAUGGGGUUAGCCUCGCGAGCCACCUGGAAUUCCGUGCAGCGAACCAUUAUUGUAAGCUUGCGAGAUCAGGAUGGCUCACGAGGCUAUUUUGGGGUGCCAUUUGGGACACAAUCUGUAAUCAACCACUCCCUGUUCCAGAACCAUGGGAUAGACUAUGGGGACAUCUCUCAGAGGGUAGCAUUGAGGAAGUCUCUGCAUUGUAAGAACUUUGAGUGGUACCUGGACAACGUCUAUCCAGAGAUGAGGAGGUACAACAACACUCUCUUUUACGGGGAGGUGAGUCUGACUGACGACAGGGCCUACACACAAAGUUUUACUAAACACUCAACAAACACUCAUAAGAUGCUUUUAGCAGCCAAGUAGCUUUUUCCCCUCAUAAAAAGUUAUCUCUCUCUCUCCCUCUCUCUCCUCCCUGUAGAUUCGUAGUAGCAAAGCGACCCAUCUGUGUAUGGACCAGGGAGAGAAGGUGAACCACACGGCCACCCUGCACCCCUGUCACGGAAUGGGACCUCAGGUAACCUAUUAUACUAGGUAUACAGUGUGUCCCAAAUGGCACCUUAUUCCCUACUUGGUGCAUUACUUUUGCCUAAAAGUAGUGCACAAUAUAGGAGAUAGGGUGCUAUUUGGGACACAUUCUAGGUUCACCAAGCUGUGAGAGCAAAAUCUGCAGAAUGCAUUAUUUUAUAGCAGAAUGUGUUAUUAUAUAAAAUUAAAUGAUGUGGUCCAUACACAAAACUGGACAAAACGUCAGCAAAACUAGGAGAAUGUAGCCCUUUGCCCCUGUGACAUACAAAUGUAGCGGAUACCAUGACUGGUUCUACAGUCAAAACAAAAGAUGCAGACACAAUAUCUCAAUCAUAUUUAGUUAAUUCUGUUGAGUUUUUUUUAGACCCAUUUUGAAUGAGAGCGGAUAUGAUAUCAUAUCACAAAUAAUAUGUUUUACAGUUUAGCCAUGUACUACUGUAACUUGUCUCUCUGUGUGUUCCUCCCAGUUGAGUUGAGAAGGACACACCUAGUUGUUGUUGAUAGCCCUUUACCAUUCACCACUUAAUUUGGUCUCCCUGUGUCUGUCUCCUACCAGUUGUGCCAGUACACCAAAGAGGGCCAGUUCUUCCUGUGUGCUCUGGCCAGUACAGGGGAGAACACAUAUAGUGGUUGUUGAUAGCCUUUAACCAGCCAUUCACAGUAGUGUCUCCCUGUUUCUCCCAGUUGGGUCGGUACACCAAGGAGGGACAGUUUUUCCUGGGUGCUCUGGGCAGUACAGGGGAGGAAACACGCUGUCUGAUGGAUGACCAGGUCUCCAAUUUCCCUCAGCUCCUCAACUGUGACAAAGUCUCCAACACCAGGCUGACCACAUGGCACUUCUCUCAGGUCAGACUAACCUUUACAUUGUUUUUUAUUUUAACAUUGGCUCAUUCUUUCCAUUUAAGUUGAUCUUAUACUGUGUUACUUACUUUCUUACUUGUUUACUUAUUUACUCUUCUUCGUUCCCUGUAGAGCAUAGGGCCGCAGCGAGCCCCUGCCAUGCCACACCUGUGUAGUAACACUGUAAUAACACCACAUUGUAAGGACCUGUGCAGGCUAACCCUGUGUAGUAACACUGUAAUAACACCACAUUGUAAGGACCUGUGCAGGCUAACCCUGUGUAGUAACACUGUAAUAACACCACAUUGUAAGGACCUGUGCAGGCUAACCCUGUGUAGUAACACUGUAAUAUCACCACAUUGUAAGGACCUGUGCAGGCUAACCCUGUGUAGUAACACCACAUUGUAAGGACCUGUGCAGGCUAACCCUGUGUAGUAACACUGUAAUAACACCACAUUGUAAGGACCUGUGCAGGCUAACCCUGUGUAGUAACACUGUAAUAACACCACAUUGUAAGGACCUGUGCAGGCUAACCCUGUGUAGUAACACUGUAAUAUCACCACAUUGUAAGGACCUGUGCAGGCUAACCCUGUGUAGUAACACUGUAAUAACACCACAUUGUAAGGACCUGUGCAGGCUAACCCUGUGUAGUAACACUGUAAUAACACCACAUUGUAAGGACCUGUGCAGGCUAACCCUGUGUAGUAACACUGUAAUAACACCACAUUGUAAGGACCUGUGCAGGCUAACCCUGUGUAGUAACACUGUAAUAUCACCACAUUGUAAGGACCUGUGCAGGCUAACCCUGUGUAGUAACACUGUAAUAACACCACAUUGUAAGGACCUGUGCAGGCUAACCCUGUGUAGUAACACUGUAAUAACACCACAUUGUAAGGACCUGUGCAGGCUAACCCUGUGUUGUAGCAGAAAUAAAAAAUGAUAGAAGCUACCUGGAGGUGACUGUUGCCGACACAAUGAUCAGGGCCCGUAUUCAUAAAGCAUCUCAGAAUUGGAGUGUUGAUCUAGGAUCAGAUCACCACUGUCCAUUCAUUAUAAUGUAAAAGGUUAAACUGAUCCUAGAUCAGCACUUUUAGCCUGAGACACUUUAUGAAUACUAUGAGGUCACAUGAAGGUAGUAGCCUACUCAACUGAGAACAUUCUAUUUCCUCUGUCCUUCAGAACGAGUCGAUCGUCAACAGAGCCACGGGCCGCUGUUUGGAGGUGAUACAGGCUAACGUUUACUUCGGACACUCGCUGGUGCUUCAGACCUGCUCCGGACAGAGGUGGAGCAUCAAAAACACAAUGAAGCAGUAGCCACAGCAUGAUGCAGAAUUCUUCUUUGGCCAAGAUAGUGUUAGUGUACUGAAUUGUAUCAGAUGUCAUACUGUAUUAUUACAAUUAUUCAGUUGGUGUUAUCAGUUGGACUUUUCCAAGAUUGUCUUCCAAUAAACUGCUGGUCUGAUGGUUAAAAAAUAUUUCUGUAUGCAAAUAACUAUUACACCAUAUGGGGUGAUUAUGUUGACACAAUAUUAACCCAUCACAGCCUUUACUGCAACAGAUUUAUUCAACUUCAAUGUUAGGAUUUCAUGAAAUGGUUUUAGCACUUCCUUUUCAGCAACUCAUUAAGAUCACUCCAAAUUGAAAAGAAACGAAUAUAAAAACCCAUUAAG